AGCAGGGAGGGAGCUAUACCUCUCAUUUCAAAUCACCCAUGGCGGCCGAAGGAGAUCUAUCGGAGGGUCGUAUGGCCGACAUCAUUCGCGCCCUGGAGCUUAUCCACAACCCAUCCUCUACCAAUGAACUCCGCAGAGAAGCUUUGACCUUUGUGGAAGCUCAGAAGGAGAGCAAGUCGGCUGCUCAUAAUGGUUUCUUACUUGCUUCGCCCGAACAGACCAACCCGCUGGUCCGCUAUUUCGGUUUGGGUUUAUUGGAUCAUGUGUUGCGCCACACUUCUUUUGAGGCCCAGGACCAGAUCCUGGCUAUCCGGGACCUCGUUCUGAAGUUGGCGGAGUCGAUUCGACCUGAAGAUCCAGCUUACAUUCGCAACAAGAUCCCGCAACUGUGGGCCGAAGUUGCGAAGAGGAGCUGGGGUCUGGACUGGAAUACGAUGGACGAGACCCUACUCCAAUUCUGGAAUGCAAGCCUCGUGCAUAAAGAGUUGGUCCUUGCAAUUCUUGAGACCCUGUCGGAAGACAUCUUCUAUCGCGAAGAUACGGUUUCAUCCUUGCGUGGCACAGAUCUCAACCGGGCCCUAGUCGAAAUCUGUACGCCGCUGACAGUCUUCGAGGAGAUUCAUCCCAAGAAGGAGUAUGUUGAAUUGCGUUGCGGGCCGGAGGGGUGGAUGUCCCGGAUCUGUGCAUUUCUGCAUGAAUGUAUUGGAAACAUUCAAAACUCAAAACAGGCACGGGAUUCUGCGCUGAAAGCCUUGGCCCUUCUCAAAUCUGUUUUGACUUGGGCCAUUCCCAAAGCUGUUCUCUCUUCCAACUGCGUCCCCUGUAUUGCCAGUGCCUUCACCUGCAAUGAUGAGCUGGUGCUCCUGGCUGCUGUUGAAGCUCUGCAUGCGUUGUACAGCAGGUCUCAUGUCGAUAUUGACGGAUUCCAGCCCUUGGUUCACCUUAUGUACGAGACCCAGGCCCUCAGUGUGCUCCAGAAGCUGUACGAAUGGUCUGUCGUGGGGCCGGACGAUGUGGACGACACCAAGUAUACUAUUUGCAAAAAGCUCUCUGAGAUGAUAUCAUACAUCGCUGGGUUCCUUGAAGAGAAGGCCUUCUCACUGGAAAGCACACAGGGCAUGGACCUUCCUUUCUUCUUCCAUCUUACCAUUACUGUCAUUCAAAAUCAAAGUCUCACUAUCUCGAUCCCUGUUCUUCAUGUGUGGUCUAAAUUGAUAGCUUCCGAGAGGAUUGGGAACACAGACCUGGUCACCGGUCUGAUCCCUUCGCUGCUGAGCAUUUGUACUGAGCGGCUCAUUCGCUGGGAGUCGCUCCCCACAGACUCCGAAAAUUCUACAGUGUUGUUCCUCAACGAGGAUAUUGACACAGUCCCCGAGAGACAUGCCUUCGUUGGAAAUUAUCGGCGAUACUGUUCCUCCAUCAUCGAGACCAUCGUCCAAAAACGGCCUCAGGAGGCGAUCCCUCAUAUUCUUGCAGGGGUCGACGCCAAUCUGGACAACCUGUACAGCGGCGUGGAGCCUUUUACCAUCAAAUCAUUUUCCAAAUCCUCCGUCCCCCUUAUGCGAGCCGACACGCAGUUUGCAGUCGUUGAAGCGACGCUGAAGGGAUACAACAAGUGGGUAUCGGCUCACGGAAAAAUGCCGCAGCAGGAUGAACAGAAACGCAGCGAACUAGAGCAGAUAUUGGAGGCAUGGGCUUUCAAACUAAUGCAGCGCAAUUUUGAGGAUCCGAUUUUGAAACAAAGAGUCAUCAAGCUCGUCGUCGAUAUUUCUGCUAGAGCGCUUGAUAAGACCCCGAGCUUUGCACUUAAGGCACUAGAGUACAUCUUGAUGACCCGCUUACCUGAUCAGUCCGAGUUUCCAGUAUAUUCGGAGUCGGUCAAGGAGCUCCACGGUCUUGCCAGCCAUGAGCUCCGGCGGUUGGCCAUGCGCUACGCGGAUUACUUCUCUACAUUCUACGACAUACUGGAGCCCAAGAUCAAGGAGAUUUCCAUGGCUAACCGCGUGGAUGAUAAGCUUCAUAUGGAGCUUACUUCCAUACUGCUCAUUAUAAUGCAACGUGCGAACAAUGUCGAGCCGUACCUUCGCCAAUCUCGUCUUCUGUCUUUCGUGGAGCCGAUCAAACAAGCAUGGCAGGAAGAAGAAUUCCGAACUGUGAGCUCAACAUUCGAGGGCUUCUGUGCUAUGCUCGGAAUGCAGAACGUGGGGGCAUAUAUGCAAUCCCGACAGGCUCAAAAGCUUGAAGACUGGUCAUCUGUCCCUCUGGAUAACGAGGGCAAACUCAUCCAGGAAGAGAUGACUAAGAAAUUCCAGCUACUACCUCUGAGAGGUACCAAGACAAUGCUGGCCGUUUCCACAGACAAGCUGAAAAGGUCGGAACCAGCAUAUGAGCUUGCUUACAAUGUUUGGCACGACCUUAUUCCCAUCAUACUGCCGACACUGCUCCAUUUAGUCAGUAAUGCUCAUGCAUUCCACAACCCUGGUAAUUGGAACGGCUUGCCCGCGGACAUGGGGGUGGUUGUGGAGCGCAUCUUGACUGAUAGAUUCUGGCAAGCGGGGAUUUCCACCGGCAGCCGUGACGAAUUUUACGCUAAAAUCACUGCCUCACGGGGCUCACUUGAGGGCUUUGCCUCGUCUGUGAGAGGCAAGAUUCGAGCUGUGCGUGAAGCGUGCUACUCGAUGCUGUUCAGCAUGAGCCGGCUACGGGAGGUCUUCUAUGGUUUUACGGAACUUCCAGGUCCGCUCUCACAGGCUCUCUUCAAGGACUCUGUGCACCUAUCCUCGCAUCAGUUCUCUGUUCUCCUAAACAUCUCAAGGUGCUUGAUCGACGACUGUCCGGUUCGCUUCCGAAGCAGUUUCUUGCCUCCGAUGCUGGCUGCUCUCUUCACCAGCAUCGACAAGAAGGUCACUUCGGAAUGGGAGCUGAUUGAACAGAGAAAAGAGGGACUUGCCGAGUCCGAGGAUCUAACUGACGAGAUGAAGUCGGAAAGUAUCCUGCGGCAGUUGACAUACUCUGCGGUGAUCAUGGUAGCAAGUCUGCUUGAUCCCCAACGUGGUGAUCCUGACGAGGAGCUAGCAGAUCCGAGCGCACUGCAGCCCGCACCAGCACUCUCCGACUCGAUCCGACACUUUAUUCUCUCCUCGCCCGAAAUCUUUGAGCCAGUCAUGCUUUUCUGCACACAUGCUCUUCGUAUGCGGGAUACCCGUUGCUGCAGUAUCAUCACCCGAGUCAUCCGUUCCAUCCUGCAAGACUUUGCCCCUCCUAACAACACGCCUACCACGAUCACUAUCCGCGAGUUUAUCUCUUCUGAAGUUCUGAAGGCCUGCAUCACGUCCGUGCAUGAGCCCUAUUUUGUUGACAUGCAGAAAGACCUUGCUCAACUCAUUGCAUCCAUCUGGGUUCUCUACGGCUCGAGCAGUCCCACCCCCCGCGCAGUGAUCAUGAGCCUUCCUGGUAUGACCGAGCAGCGUGUUGCUAAUGCAGAGGCCGCUUUGGUCAGAUCAACUGCUGCAAGACAGCAAAGAGCCCUCAUCUUGGAUCUCUUGGAGAGCCUGAGAGGUGUGAGCAUAGCCGAGCAAGGCAAGAUCUUGGGGUCGCGCGAGGAACGCCGGAAAGCCCGGAGUGCCCUGCAGGAAAGGUACAUGACGAGCGAAAUGGAAGGCCAGCAAAACCAGAAAGUCGAUAUCAACGACGGACCGGAUUUGGCCGGAGUAGCGGACUUGUUUGGUUAGCAACAGCACUUUAUAGAUUUCCGGAGCGGUGGUCGCUUCACGGCCUACUCCUGUGUAUAGUAUGGUGGUGCUCCACAGCCGUUCGUGUCACGACGACCUCUCUCUUGAUUUGCAUAAUUAUCACUCAAG